AUGGACCCCAACUGCUCCUGCGCCACAGGUGACGCAUGUGCCUGUGCUGACUCCUGCAAGUGCAAAGAAUGCAAAUGCCUGUCCUACAAGAAGAACUGCUGCUCCUGCUGCCCCGUGGGCUGUGCCAAGUGUGCUCAGGGCUGUAUCUGCAAAGAAGUAGCGGACAAGUGCAGCUGCUGCACCUGA